AUGACACGAGAAACGGAUUCAACUGUAACUCCAGUUAAUCGUCUAAUAGAAAAUUCCACUGAAUUUUAUAAAUUUGAAGAAGCUGUUUCUAUUUAUCAAGAAGGAUUGCAUUUCACUACAUCUGAGAAACUUGUUUCAACCACUCCUGAAUCUGAAUUUGCUUCUAUACUUCAUGAAGAUUGGAAUUUUACAAUGUCGUCUAUCAAUCCAAUUUUAACUAAUUCUAUGCAUGAAAUAAAUGAUACCGAAAGUGAUGCAUCAACAUUUCAACUUGAAGAUCAAAAGACAGAAGUACCUGAAACAGAAAAUAACGAUAUAGUGGAUUUGUUAGAUAGUUUAUUAAAUAAACUUAAAGUACCUUCGGAUAAUUGGUUAAAUUAUCAUUACAUAAUGGCAAUGCAAAGUCCUGAUGGAAGUAUUUAUAUACCAAAAAAUCAUACACAAAGUACUAGAAAACAUUUGAUUACAUUAUUAGGAUUUGCUCAAGAAAUUGCAUCUAAUAAAAAUGGUAUUACAUAUAUCAACAACAAGAAUAACAACAACAAUGAAGAGAAGUUACUAAUCACCACACAAUCGAUAAAUGAUGAUACUUUAAUUCUUCUUGAAAAUAAUAUAUCAAUCAUUGGAGAGAAUCAAUCUAAUAUUGAUUAUGAAAAGAAUAAAACUGAUAAUGAUCGAGAAUUCUCAGAAAUUGAUGAUGAAACAAGAACAUUUACUGAAGUAUCUGAUCUUUUUUCUUCUUCAAAUAUUACUGAAAGAGAAGAAGGAAGAUUAAUGGAUUAUGAAUUACAUAACUUCAAUGAGUCAAAUGAUCUACAUGAAAUUUUGGAACAUAUAACCUCUGAUGAUAUGGAUCAUAGAAUAUCUGAACAAAAUAAUCAGUCUUCUACAUUGGUUACUGACGAAAGAUUGUUGAAUAUAACUAAUGAAUUACAAUUAAACAGUAAACAAGAGAAUAUCACAACUGAUUCAAUGGAUAAUGUUGAACAACAACGUACAAAACUAAAAGCUAAUCAAUCAAUGAAAGUUUAG